GUGUCACGCCUCCCUCUAGUGAGCGGACCUUCCCGUCCGCCGGGGUGAAAGGUCGGGAAGAUGGCGACGGCCUUGAGAGAGGAGGAGCUGGACAACGAAGACUAUUACUCGCUGCUGAACGUGCGCCGGGAGGCCUCUUCUGAAGAGCUAAAAGCUGCCUACCGGCGGCUGUGCAUGCUUUACCAUCCAGACAAGCACCGAGACCCAGAGCUCAAAUCACAAGCCGAGCAACUGUUUAACCUUGUCCACCAGGCUUAUGAAGUUCUCAGUGACCCCCAAACCAGGGCCAUCUAUGAUAUAUAUGGGAGAAAAGGACUGGAAAUGGAAGGAUGGGAGAUCGUGGAGAGGAGGCGAACACCUGCUGAAAUCAGAGAAGAGUUUGAGCGGUUACAGAGAGAGCGAGAAGAGAGGAGGCUUCAGCAGCGCACCAACCCCAAGGGAACCAUCAGCGUUGGAGUAGAUGCCACCGACCUCUUUGACCGCUAUGAUGAGGAAUAUGAAGAUGUUCCUGGGAGUGGCUUUCCUCAAAUUGAAAUCAACAAAAUGCACAUUUCCCAGUCCAUCGAGGCACCCCUGACAGCGACAGACACGGCCAUCCUCUCUGGAAGCCUCUCAACCCAGAAUGGGAAUGGAGGAGGCUCCAUUAACUUUGCCCUGCGGCGAGUGACCUCCGCAAAGGGAUGGGGAGAGUUUGAAUUUGGAGCUGGAGAUCUUCAGGGCCCUUUAUUUGGCCUAAAGCUGUUUCGUAACCUUACACCAAGAUGCUUUAUCACGACCAAUUGUGCUCUGCAGUUUUCAUCCCGGGGAAUCCGGCCCGGCCUGACCACUGUGCUGGCAAGGAACCUGGAUAAGAACACCAUGGGCUAUUUGCAGUGGCGGUGGGGCAUCCAGUCAGCCAUGAACACAAGCAUCGUCCGGGACACGAAGACCAGCCACUUCACCGUGGCCUUUCAGCUCGGAAUCCCCCACUCCUUUGCAUUGAUCAGCUAUCAACAUAAAUUCCAAGAUGAAGAUCAGACACGUGUGAAGGGUUCUCUCAAGGCAGGUUUCUUUGGGACGGUGGUAGAAUAUGGAGCAGAGAGGAAGAUUUCUAGGCACAGUAUUUUAGGAGCUACUGUCAGCGUUGGAGUCCCACAGGGCGUCUCUCUCAAAAUCAAGCUGAACAGGGCUAGCCAGACUUAUUUCUUCCCCAUUCACCUGACGGAUCAGCUCCUUCCCAGUGCUGUGUUCUAUGCCACCGUGGGACCUUUGGUCAUCUACUUUGCCAUGCACCGACUAGUCAUCAAACCGUACCUUAGGGCUCAGAAGGAGAAAGAACUGGAGAAGCAGAGAGAGAGCACAGCCACUGACAUCCUGCAGAAGAAACAGGAGGCAGAAUCUGCUGUUCGGUUGAUGCAGGAAUCUGUACGAAGAAUCGUCGAGGCUGAAGAGUCCAGAAUGGGGCUGAUCAUCCUCAAUGCCUGGUAUGGCAAGUUUGUCAAUGACAAGAGCGGGAAGAAUGAGAAGGUGAAGGUGAUCGACGUGACCGUCCCCCUGCAGUGCUUGGUGAAGGACUCCAAACUCAUUCUCACAGAAGCCUCCAAGGCCGGGCUUCCUGGGUUCUAUGACCCAUGUGUGGGUGAAGAGAAGAGUCUAAAGGUGCUCUACCAGUUCCGAGGUGUGCUGCACCAAGUGAUGGCUUCAGACAAUGAAGCCCUUCGGAUACCAAAGCAAUCUCACAGGAUCGACACAGACGGAUAACCUCGAGGGAGAACAAGGGGUCUGAGUCAAGAAGAAGCUGCAAAACCUCUUUUCCUGGGAAUCUGAAAGUUUGGAAACACACAAAACAGAAACCUACAGAUGUUUUUAUUUUGUAUUAUUCCUGUAGAAGGUCAUUUACCAAUUAUGUGAAGGGACACAUGAACACCCCAGCUUUCAUGGGUACUAUAGUACUAAGGCAAUACUGCCCUUGACCAGAACCACAAAGCUGGCAGAUGUCUAUUUCCUCGAGGAGCCUGUGGACACGGAGCAUGGCCCUACUGGGAAGAGAGCCCCCAGGGGCCAAGAGCCCUGUGUCCUCCUGUCAAGUUCUCCAGCAUCUGAGCUGACAGUGGUCCACCAACUCCAAAUUUCUGGGUUCUUUCAUGAGGUGUAUAUCACGCCCUCCCCUCACUUCUGGGGGCUUCCUGCAAACCAAAUGGAAAACACAGGCCCCGGUGUAGUCCUGAUGAUCGAGUGAGCAUCCAUACGAGCUUCCUCCUGACAAUCUCCAUGUCUUGUGAUUACUGAAAAGGGGAUUUGGAGAUGGUUCUGAAUUUCCUGAAUGCUUGUUCCCUGAGAACCAAUGUAUCUGGAAGACAUCUAUGCCUUUCCCACUGCAUUUGUCUUUAUGAUUGCCUCUCAAACUAAUUCCUAGGCCCAGGACUGGGUUUCCUCCCUGUGUAACUAGCAUCACCCGCCUCCCCAAACAAUGCAUGGAAAACUGUGGAUCUUUCCCAUGUUUUCACCCAAUCUUGCUGAGAACUAGAACCUCUGCCCACUUCCUAGAUAGGGAGAAGGCCACAGGGAGACAGGGGAAAAACAUUAGCUCGGCUGGGGAGAAAACAGGCCCAAGUUGUAGAGAGGUGCCAAAGGGAAGGUCCCCACAGGUGGGAGCAGGGCAGGGCUUCCUGCAGGUGGCCCAGGGUCGUCCCCCUCUGGGGGAGCUGCCAGGACCCCCCACAGGCACAUCCCCUUCACUUAAGGCUCAGCUGUCUGGGGGGGGGGGGCUCUACCCUUGAAGACCCUCUUUCUCCACCUGCCUGAGGUGUGGAGGCAGAAGAUGGUAGCAACCAUGCGACACUUGAUCAGUCUUCCAGUCACCCGUAGCAAUCAGUCCAGCGAGCAAAGGGCCUGCGGUCUGGGUCAUGGGAUCGGCCUUGUUCCUGCCCUCCUCAGAGCUGUGGCACUCUCCCAAGCAUAAUGACCAUGUGAGCUGGUGUUUGAUUUGCAGUGGUCAGUGCAGGAGAGCAGCCAGGGCCCUGCCUUCUGUCCCCCCACAGCCAUUAGAAUCCAGCUCUCGGGGGUCUGAGCUUUGGUGUCAGUAAUCGGCCGUGAUCCCUCCCCCCAAUUUAAAAAAAAAAAACACUUCAGGCAGUCUAAUUCUGUGACAUCCAUGCCCAUUUUUACACUGUUUCCCAGACCUGGAGCUAAGAAUACAAAUUGUGCGAUCGACUUUGCCGAAUGACUGGCCCAAAGCAGCCGCCAUCCCCUUUGCUGCACGCGGUUCUUUCGGGUACCAAUUGUCUUCAUUUUGUUUGAAGCUGGUUGUACAGAAGGCACUGUAUUGUCAAUAAUAAACCCUUUCUGAAAGCUG